GUCAGUGUCCAGCAGCAGAUAAACCUCCCACCCUGUCUGUCAGCUUCUCCCCUCCAGUGUCCUUCAGUAGUAGUAGUAGUAGUAGUAGUAGUAGUAGUUGUUGUUGUUGUUGUUAAAUUAACAAAUAAGUGAGCUAACGUUAGCUAGUUGCAGUUAAACUAAUCUCAGCCGUUUGAAAUCACAGCGGAGGAAUGCGGACGCUGACGUAGACAACCGAAAAACCGACAACAACAACAACGGCAGCAGUCCGGAACGGGCUUUAGGUUUUACUUCACUUACCGUCCAACAACACAGCCUUCCUCCUCAGCUUUCCUGCUGGACUUGUGUCUGGCAACUGGCCUUCCCAGGACAUCCGGUGUGCCAAAGAAGACGGCAGAGGAAUAUACUGCUAUUCCAGCUCUCCCUGUUUUGAGGACUUCAUAUCCUGGGCUUGCUGUUGUCGAAGAUGGUGGAGAAGAGGAAAUUUGGACGCUGUGAAUUCCCUCAAAAGCAUCCAUGUCUCUCUCAGGCAGUGCAGAGACUAAUCAGAAACUACUAGACGUCCUCAUUGAAGUUACAAUCGCUUUAUUAAAAGCUUUUACUGGUGUGUAAUGAUCCUGAUGUCUGUGGGUGUCAAGCACCUAAAAUGCAGAGGAGAAAGAGUUACAUACUGCAACAUAAAAGCACAUGAAAGUUUUGCCAAACCUCACAGUCAAGGUCUUCCAGUAGUCAACGGACAAGCUGUGACCUCUACAGUGUUUAAACUGUAACUUACUCACUUCUUCCCUUUCUGAAUAUUGCAGAGCUAGAGGAGUUAUGGCAGGUUUUCUUUGCAGGUUGUCAUACUAAAGGAAUUUGUUUCUUUGAGAUAUCCAGUGCAAACAAAACCAACAUUAAGUAACAGUCUCAUGCAAGUAUCACACACACAAUAGACAGUCAUGCAGGAUGUCUUAAGGACACAAAAAUACACAGAAUAUACCCACCAAAGUGUUCCUCAGUUGUUGCCACUGCAUCAAAAAAGCUGCUGAAAUUGUGCUUUGAUAAUCUCAAGAGUUCAGCAGGUUGUCUCUGCACUUCGCCCUGCUGUUGGUCUCCUGGUUAGACAGGAAGGGUUAAUCACUAACACUUUCUGGCCAGUUAGAGUCCAGUUGUACACAUUUCAUCCAGCAGAGGGGAGGCGCAGAGUCUCACCAGAUCAAGAUUUUUCCAUGAACAAUAGCUGACUGAUGUUUCAAACGGAAAAGAAUCACUUUUGCCUCUAGAAGUUUGCUGAAAUCAAAACACGAGAAUAUGUUCAAAUGUGUGUGUGUUUGUGAUUCAACAGAAGAAAAGGGGAAAUAAGCCUAACUGGUCGUUAAACUUUGAAGGAAAUGGGUAGAAAAGUUGCUGAAAUUGAUUUGGUUGUAUUUCCAAAAUCUGAACACAACAAGCGCUCAUGCCUUCAAACCAACCUAUUUGUGGCAGUGUAGGCGCUUCAGAUUAACAGGACCCGGCCUCACAAUGCAGCUUUGUUGCUGAAACAGAUUAACACAUCAAGUGACCGGAGGUGUAGGAGCCCCCUUUUUCUCUUUUUUUUUCUUUCCUGCUUCCCUUUCUCCAACAUUCUCCACGGACGCUGCCGCCACACAUCUCGAACCACAUCGAGUGCGAUGGCCAGACGUUUUCAUAUUGAGUGAUAUGUGACCAAAUUGGCAAAUCCAGGUUGAUAGCUGAGCUCAGACGAAGCACAGAGAACAACAUCACACUGGUUUCCUUCAUGUCACGCCACAGUCAGCCAGAAAGUCGGCCAGCGAGCAGCAGCAAUGACAGUAACAUACUCUCGCAGGGUUGCUGAUGCAGGUCUGGGGACCUUCUUUCACCUGCUUCUGCGAUGGAAAGGCAGCAUCUAUAAACUGCUCUACAGAGAGCUCAUCAUCUUCACUUUUCUCUACUACUUCUUCAGUAUAGUUUAUAGGUUUGUGUUUAAUGAAGACCAGAAGAGGCUUUUUGAGAAGCUGUCACUAUACUGUGACCGCUAUGCCGAGCUCAUCCCUGUGUCGUUUGUGCUGGGUUUCUAUGUCACCUUGGUCGUGUCCCGUUGGUGGGGCCAGUUUGAGAACGUCCCCUGGCCGGACCGAUUGGCAGCUUUAGUCGGGGGUCAUGUUCGUGGAGCUGAUGAGACCUCCAGGCUGACCCGACGAACUCUGAUGCGAUACGCCAACCUCUCUGGUGUGCUCAUUUACCGCUCUGUCAGCACAGCUGUUUACAAGAGGUUUCCCACCAUGGAGCAUCUGGUGCAGGCAGGUCUGAUGACGUCAGAGGAGCUGAGGCACCUGGAGGACUUGCCCUCUCCUCACAACAAGUUCUGGGUCCCCUGCAUGUGGUUCGUCAGCCUGGCUCUGAGGGCUCGGACUGAGGGUCGCAUCAACAACGACGUGGCGCUUACAGCCAUUCUCUCUGAGUUGAAUAGUUUACGGGCAAAGUGUAUGAAGCUGUACGGUUAUGACUGGAUCAGCCUGCCUCUUGUCUAUACUCAGGUGGUGACAGUGGCGGUCUACAGCUUCUUCCUGGCUUGUCUGAUUGGUCGUCAGUUCUUGGAUCCAGCUCAGGGUUACCCAGGUCACGAUCUGGAUUUCUACCUGCCUGUUUUCACCCUGCUGCAGUUUUUCUUCUACGUUGGUUGGCUGAAGGUGGCUGAGCAACUCAUCAAUCCUUUUGGUGAAGAUGAUGACGACUUUGAGACCAACUGGCUCGUUGAUCGCAAUUUACAGGUUUCCUUGUUGUCUGUGGAUGAGAUGUACGACAGCCUGCCGCUGGUUGAGAGGGAUAUGUACUGGAAUGAGUCUGAACCUCAGCCUCCCUACACUGCUGCCAGUGCUGAACACCGCAAACCCUCCUUCAUGGGCUCAGCCCUUGAUAUCAGUGUUCCUAAGGAGGAGAUGGAAUUUCAGUCCAACCUGGAGCAAAUCAAAGAACAUGAGGAGGCCAACUACUCCACCCCGUUGAUCGGAGGGCUGGGUCGUCUUCUCGGUGUCCAGUCCCCUAACUUUCCUCGCUCCUCUCGGGUCUCUCUGCUGCGGCGCCGCCCUGGAGCACCACUAAGUCGCUUCCCUCUUUACCUGCACCCCGAGACACCAUCAACUCCCAAUCAAGGCCGCCAGCCUUUAAACCAAGAGCGAGAUCCAGACUAUGCCUUCUCCACCAUGCCCUUGUAUGAGAGACCGGGUUUCUAUAGCUGCCCCCAAACACCCAUCCACUGUGUGCCCCCCACGGUGCCCCGCCCUCGACCUGCCCGCCGAACUCAGAACGAGUGGGACCGCAGCUGCAGCUCCCUUGCACCUCCAAUGGUGAGCUCACAGAUGCUGCCUCCUGACACUCCCAAUAACCUCCCACCACCGCCGUCCUCUGCUUUCCCCUGGCUGAGCGAGGAUGGAGAGGUGCCGAAUACCCCUGCCUUCUCCUUCCCCGACCCCCCACCUGAACUCUGCCCAAUAUCUAAACUAAGACCUGGACAUGGCCUUCUGUCUCGCCGCCCUCCACCUCUCCGCCUUACUCUGGACCCCCUCCCCUCAGCGGACAGCCAGCCCGGACCCCUGAGUGCUCGGACGGCAGGAAGCGGAGGAGAAAGGGUGUUUUCGUUCACUCCUCCUUCUCGCGCAGCAGCAGCAAAUCCCAGUAAUCCCACCAGCAGCUCUAGCAGCAUUAAUGCAACAAGCACCAGCGGCGCUGGCACAACGGGAAAUCUCUGCAACGGUACAAGUCACAGUAAUUUUAGUAACCAUGGGAACUUCGCCGCCAACAUGAGGGCAAGCAACGGGGGCACUAACGGCGGGCUGAGCAAUAACAUGAAUACAGUUUCCACUUCAGCGUCACAGCAGCAAGAAACCAAUCAGCAAAACUCACCCAAUGAUUCAGGCAUCUCAUUGGCUGAAGGGGACCUGCUGGGAGUUUUGGUGGACGGUGGCGUGAACAAGGCGGCAGGAGGGAAGGAGCAGGACUGAGAUGAGAAGCUGUGACAGACUGUUUUUGUAUCAUUCAAAAUAUUUCACACCAGCAGCCACUGAUCUUUGUUAAUAUCUGAAGUGCAUUACAGUCAUCUGGAGCCAUACACACAACUGAAAAGUUUUUUGGCAAUCACCGAGUUAAUCUUCCUAAUAAGCUUUUAGAGAACAAUUAACCUAUUUGUAAUGCAAAAAGCACCUUAUGAGAUUUAACCGUCAACAUGUGAAGGAAAAAUAAGAAACACUUUCCAGCUUCCUCUGAAACUCAGCGACAGAGCCAAAAUGUGUAUAUUCUAAAAUCUUCUUAGCAUUGUUUCCAUCAGUGUACUCUUUAAUUAAAAAAGUAUCAUGUUAUGUUUCUUUUGUCAUUUUGUUUUUUUUCAAUAAACAUUCAAACCUGAAA